AUGGCAUUCGCCACCAUCAACUCCUCUGCUACGAAGAGUAUUCCAGCCAUUGAAGACGCUUUUGCUGCCGAACCUUUUCUGAAAAAACGAGUUUACGAUGCGAUCGGAACUACCCCGCAGCAUAUACCUCUAUUCGAAGACAUUGCUCGAUACACCUCCAGCCUGCUGGCCAGGAACGCGAACAACCCCCUUCAGCCUUUCAAGACGUCUACGGAUGGCCCUGCGGUGAAGAAACGAAAGCUACAAAAUGGGGAUGCCACGGGAAAUAUCCAAUCGUUAGGUGAUCUGAAAGCGGAUAUGCCGCUGCAGUUCUAUAUGCAGGAUGUGUCGUUUGCUAUUCCACAGCGAAAAAAGCUCUUGCUUGAGAUCACCGCCGGGCGCGGUUACCUUCGCGCGAGGAAUCAGACCUCAAAGGAGAUCGAGUUUGGGAUCCCAAUGGACAAGAUACAGCAUAUCUUGUGUCUUCCAGUCCCGGAGAAGAACCAGCGACAGUUCAACUUUUGCCUGAUCCCUCAGUAUGGUGACGGAAUCAACCCCCCUCCCGACGGUGAACCUGUACCCGAGUCGAUUGUAUGGACAGUCGCCGACGGGCCUCCCAAAGCAGCAUUCUCGGGGGAUGGCCAGCAGCUUGGAAACAACGAGGGAGAGACUACUGAACGACUGGUCCGACAGGUGUUGAACGAUAACCUGUUACAGACGCAGGUGGUGCGUCCGGAGGAUAAACAGUUUGUGAGUGCUAUGCCGGAGGCGCAUCGCAAGGGGGAGAAAGCAUAUCAUGUCAAGGCGUUCCGUGGAAGUAAAGAAGGUUACCUGUUCCUUCUGUCUACUGGAAUACUGUUCGGAUUUAAGAAGCCGCUGGUAUUUUUCGCCCUUGAGAAUGUAGACUCGAUCUCCUACACUUCAGUGCUCCAGAGGACCUUCAAUCUGAAUAUCGCGGCUCGAUCUUUGAACAACGAUGAACCGCAAGAAUUCGAGUUCUCCAUGAUCGACCAGGUGGACUAUGGCGGCAUCGAUGCGUACAUCAAGAAGCAUGGUCUUCAGGACGCCAGUCUUGCUGAAGCACGACGGGCCAAACGGUAUAAUGUCAACGGAGCAAAGACAGAAGAGGAGGGUGCUGCCACAGCAGACGCUGCUGUCGAGGAAGAAAGUGAGUUGCAGAAGGCACAGCGUGAGCUUGAAGACCAAGAAGACGAGGAAGAGGAAGACUACGACCCCGGUAGCGACGGCGACAGUGACGGAAGCGGUUCUAGUAGCGAGGAGGAAGAUGACCAGGACGGCGGGGGUGAUGCAAAUGGGGAGGAUGGCGUUGAUCGAGAUCUCAUUGCAGAGGAACUUGGGAGUGAGGCGGAAGACAUUCCAGAGGAUCAAUUGUAA